AUGUCGCAGGAUCCUGCAUGGUCCCUGCUCGCUGCGGGUAUGUUGUCCCCUUUGCAGCAAACAUGGCUUGCACAAAAGCUUGCGCAGACGCAGACCAUGCCUGUUGCUGCGUCCUCUACUCUGGAUGCACAGACGGUGUACCUGCAAGCACUGCAGCAACUGGAGACGGAACGCUUGUUGCGAGCUCACGCAGAUGCAAGCCACAGUGUGGGUGCGCCUACCACGCAGACUGAAGCUGAGAAAGCAGAGGCUGCUACUCCUGCCACUGCAAACACGUCUGGUGACAAGAAGACCGAGCCGGACCAAAAAACACCUUUGCAGAUGGAAGAAGAGGACUUGACACGCAAAAGGAAACAAAUGGCUGAGAAAGAUGAUGAGUAUGUGCGACAGUACCAGAAUGUGCAACGGGAUCAGCAGGAGAGGAGCACCCCUGCUGACACUAAGCCAGCCGUGGAUCCAGACGUUCGCAAGAACAGCCAUGCUCAUAUGGCACGACGUGUUGGCAAGUUUCGCUUGGAGCAUGGCACCCUGGAAAUCUUCGCCAAGUUCGUCCCCAAUGAAGUAGAGCCAAGCGGUAUCGCAGAGACAAAGAAGGCAACGGGGUCCAGACCGCCUGUACUGCUAAUCCCGCAGACGAAGAAGAUGCCGUCCCCGCCAACGCGACAGACCAGCAAGGUUCCAGUGCCGCCCCCCGGACCUCCGCCCGCACAUGUUCUACGUCAGGAAGCCAACACGGAAGAAGAUGUCGAAGUUCAGGUAAAGUUUCUUGCUUACAUGGAGGCACAGAAGGACAUCAAGCGCAUUACUGACUUUGCAGAAGAGGGUACCAUGAAGAUCAAGAAGGAGGCGCACACACCCAGUCCUCGCAAGCGUGGCAGAGAGAAGAAGACAAGACAAAAAGAGCAGUGUACACCCAGACGGUUGUUCGUAACGCCGAAGACGAAAGGAAAGGAGGUGAACUCGGAUGCUGAGGGGUCGGACCAGGAUGCAGGCACACAGUCAGAUGAUGAUGAGGACGGAGAUGUACUGGGUGGCAAGUUUAAGCCCACGUUGACCCCGCAAAGCUCUGCACGACGGAGGCGUCGCAAGACAGCCUCCACCAAAAAAAAAGCAAAGAGGCCCAAGAAGCAGGAUCUCAGCCGAGAUGAUGAUGACCCCCCGUCCGCGCAGGAAGCAUCCGAACCGGAUCCAGAGCAUGCCGCCGAGACAACACAACCGCCAGGUUUUCAAGACAGCAGCAACCAGCAGAGAGCAGAAGAAGCAUAUGCUUCUGAGCUUGACAUUCUUCGUGGCAAGCUCGGUGAUGAUUGGCUCUCCGUGCUGCCUGGAUCCGCUUCCAAGACUCUUGUCUUUGCUCAUUCCGCUAGGAACGACCUGCUGUGCAUGAUGCGCAUCUUAGUCAGUGAAGACAUCCUGACGCUGUCCGAUGCGUUGGAGAAUCUUGCAGAUAUGGAACCAGGAGACAUCUCGAGUAUGCUGGGUGCCGAUGCUCAGAAAUGGUUUUAUGACCUCACGAUCAAGGGCAAGAAGCUCUUCCUUGCUUGGCCUCUUGCGGUCAAGGAGUACUGUGUGAGACGUCUUCUUCUGGACCUGGCACAUCACGCACAGGACUCAUGA